AUGGAGAUGCUAAACUCCACCCCCCCAGGCCUGUUGGACUCUCUGAUAGCCAACGCCAGCUUGCCGGGCGCCGGCAGCGGGGAGGCGGUGCCUAAAGACAGCUUCUCCAACGCCCUGGCCAAGAACAUCGUGGCCAUGACGGUGUGGCUCGCCCUCAGCGUCAUCAACGGCAGCAUGGUGCACACCUUCCUGCAACACAGCGUGUUCUAUGACAACCCGCGCUACAUCAUGUUCAUCUACAUGGUGGUCAACGACGCUCUACAACUGAGUUUGGUGACAACGCUCUACAUGCUCAGCUACAUCUUCAGGAGGAUACACGCCUCUUUCUGCUGCCUGCUGAUCAUGACAGCGGUCCUGACCACGCGCUCCACACCCCUUAUCCUGGCGGGCAUGGCGGUGGAGCGCUACGUGUCCAUCUGCUUCCCGCUGCACUACAGCCAGAUGUGCACUGUGCCGCGCACGCUGCUCCUCGUGGGCGCCAUCCUAAUGCUGACGGCCACGCCCCCCAUCACCGACCUGCUCAUCACCGUACUGAAGGAGCCGCCCAGCUUCUUCCACGCCGCAAUCUUCUGCGACCACUCGCUCCUCUUCCGCCAUCGCUCCAUCUACUACAAGAAUUUCGUCUUUGACGGCGUCUACUUGUCCUUCGUCUUCCUCACCCUCGUCUUCACGUACUGCAAGAUCAUGAUGGCGGCGCGCGCCGCCUCCGCCGGCCUGGCGUCCGUCACCAGGGCCCGAAACACCGUGCUGCUCCACGGCCUGCAGCUGCUGCUCUGCUUGCUGGCCUUCGUUGUCCCGUCGCUGCAGGCGGCACUCAUCUCGCUCUUCCCGCUUCUCAGCCUGGAGAUCCGCUACAUCUUUUUCUUGCUGGUCUACAUCAUCCCUCGCUUCCUCAGCCCCGUCGUCUACGGUUUCAGAGACGAGCUCUUCAGGAAGUACUGGACUCGCUAUUUAGCCUGUCAGAGCCUCGGAAACGUGCGCGUCGGCGCCGUCGCUUGA